CCUCAGAACUAACCGUCAUGUUUUUGAGGAUGUUAUAUUGUACUCUUUGAAUAAGAAAAACAAUGAUUUUAGGCUAUCCGAGGCACGCGUAACUACGCACACGGCAGAGAGCGGGAGAAAAAAAGUGGCCUUCGGAGGACUGAGGACUGACAGAGAGGACGGAUAACUUUCCCUGGUACUAUCAUAGACACAAGAAAAUUUGACAUAAUGGAAACAAAUGGGAUCAACGGCAAACACGGUAUGGAGGAGGACACAGACCUCCAGUUCCUGCUGGUGGGUGGAGACCUUCUGAAGGUGAGAUCUUCCUCCUGGAAGAAGACCCGCUUCUUCAAGCUACAGGAGGACUGCCAGACCAUGUGGCACGAGUCCAAGAAGACCUUCAAGUCCAACCAGACCUUUUCCAUUAAGGACAUCUCGGCGGUGCGUGCUGGCCGUCAAUCGGAGGGUCUGAGGAAGAACACAGAGGCGCCGGUGGAGGGGAGAUGUUUCUCCAUAAUCUUCAAGGGCAGAAGAAAGACCCUGGACCUGAUGGCCAGCUCUGAGGAGGAGGCCAAGCAGUGGGUCACCAGCCUGGAGAAGAUCAUGUCCAACAUGGAGAACCUUAACAGUCAACAGAAGACUGAGCAUUGGAUCUUCAACUGCCUUAGGAAAGCAGACAAGAACAGUGACGACAAGCUGAGUGCGAAGGAGCUGAAGGACUUCCUGCACCAGAUCAAACUCGAGGUGGACGAUGAAUACGCAGAGAAGCUCUUCCAGGAGUGUGACCAGUCUAAGUGUGGCCACCUGGUUGGUGACGAGAUAGAGCACUUCUACAGCCUUUUGACCCAUCGCCAGGAGAUAGACACCAUCUAUGGAGAAUACGCUAAGACCACGGGCUUCAUGAGCGCUGAAAAUCUACUGGAGUUCCUGAUUAAAGAGCAGAGAGAGGAGGCAACGCUAGCCGAUGCACACAGACUCAUCAACAAGUACGAACUGGAUGAUAAAGCCAAAGAGAAGCAGCUGAUGACCCAAGAUGGUUUCCUGAUGUAUCUCCACAUGCCCGAGGGUCUGGUGCUGAAUCCUACCCAUAAGGCCGUGCACCAGGACAUGAGCCAGCCCCUGAACCACUACUUCAUCUCCUCGUCUCACAACACAUACCUGAUGGAAGACCAGCUCAAAGGGCCCAGCAGUACUGAGGCCUAUGCCAGGGCUCUUAUAAAGGGCUGUCGCUGUGUGGAGCUGGACUGCUGGGACGGGCCAGACGGAGAGCCAGUCAUCUACCACGGAUACACCCUCACUUCCAAGAUCCUGUUUAAAGACACCAUCAAAGCCAUCAAGGAGUACGCCUUUAAGACCUCGGACUACCCAGUGAUCCUGUCCUUGGAGAAUCACUGUAGUGUGGAGCAGCAGAGGGUCAUGGCCCAGCACAUGAGCUCCAUCCUGGGCAGCGCUCUGCUCACCUCCCCCCUGGGGGACCGGAUGCCCACAGACUUCCCCUCCCCAGAGGAGCUGAAGGGGAGGUUCCUGGUCAAAGGGAAGAGGUUAACUAAACUGGAGGCCUGCUUUGGCCCUGAGGAGACAGCCGUGGGUGAUGGUAGCUUAACUGAGGAGGAGGAGGAUGACAAAGAGGAGGAGGAGGAAGAGGAGAAGAAGAAGGCCACGGAAGGUAAAAAGCUGAAGCUGGCUAAGGAGCUGUCAGACAUGGUGAUCUACUGUAAGAGCGUCAAAUUCAACGGAUUCCAGGACGCUAAAGAUAACCUGGGCUUCUACGAGAUGUCCUCCUUCAAGGAAAGGAAAGCUGUGGCGCUGGCUGAGGAGUCUGCCAACAGCUACAUCCAUCACAAUGUGGACAAGCUGAGUCGUAUCUAUCCAGCAGGCAGCAGAACAGACUCCUCCAACUAUAACCCUGUACCCUUGUGGAACGCAGGCUGUCAGAUCGUGUCCCUGAACUUCCAGACCUCCUGUAAUGACAUGGAUGUGAACCAGGGUCGGUUCCUGACCAACGGGAAGACAGGAUACGUCCUAAAGCCGGCCUACAUGAGGGACCGGGGGUCAGAGUUUGACCCCAUCACUCUGACCACGGGACCGUGGCUGCWGCACAAGACGCUCCACAUCAUGAUCAUCUCAGCGCAGCAGCUUCCAAAAGUGAACCAGAAAAAGACAUCCAUCGUGGACGCUCUGGUGAAAGUGGAGAUACACGGGGUGCCUGCUGACACCGCAGAUAAACAGACGCCGUACAUCGGGAACAAUGGUUUCAACCCGAUGUGGAAUGACAACUUUAAGUUCGAUGUGUACGUGCCAGAGCUGGCCCUGGUUCGCUUUGUGGUCGAGGACCACGACUCUGUUACUGAUAAUGACUUCGUCGGACGUUCACCGUACCAUUCACAGUUUACAGAUGGGUAAGUUAGUGUCAUACCAUUCACCAG